AUGUCGUCGCCCAUGGCCCUCUCGCGCCCGGUCCUCCGCCAGUCCGGUGCCCUCCGCAUGGCUGCCCGCCGCUUCGAGUCGACCACCACGGCCAAGGCCACCGAGGGCGCCAAGGACGCUGCCUCCAAGGCCUCGUCCACCGCCUCCCAGUACGCCUCCAAGGCCCAGGAGGGCCUGUCCAAGGUCACCUCGUCCGCCGGUCCCGCCAUCUCGGGCGCCGCCAAGGGCCUCGCGACCUCGCUGAGCAAGGUCGGCGGCCGGACGGGAAGGCUGGUCGCCUUUGUCGAGAAGCAAGUCCCCCACGUCGUCUACUACUCCAAGGUCGGCGCCGAGGUCGCCAAGAUCGUCUUCCGUGGCCAGAAGAUGUCUCCCCCAUCCCUCCAGACCUUCCAGAGCUACUGGCAGAACGCAUGGAAGCAGGUCCGGAACCCCAGCGCGCUCCUCCAGACUGCAUCUCAGACCGCAUCCAAAGCUACCCAGCAGCCCGCCUCCAUCAUCGAAAAGGCCCGGAAUGUCAGCCGUGCUCAGCUCGUCGCCGGCGGCGUCGUCGCUGCCGAGUGCCUGGGUUUCUUCACCAUCGGUGAGAUGAUCGGACGUUUCAAGGUUAUCGGCUACCACGGCGAGAACGCUGCCGCUCACCACUAA